AUGGAUGUUUCAGAUUACACUUGGAUGUGCAGGUCGGCUGAAUACACUAUGAGAAAGGACAUAUGUAAAGCAUUACUUCAACUCUGUGUUUAUCUCUGGCUACCAGUAGGUCGCGCUAACUGUCCUUAUAAGGAAUGUUUCUGCUCCCCUGGAGGAGAGAUAUUAUGUUCAAGCAUAAACCUACAGUCGAUCCCCCAACUCAACAGCUCAAACACCCGCUCUGCCUGGGAUCUGACCAUUGAUGGCAAUAAUAUUUCUGAAAUCCCAAGUGGAAGUCUACCUUCGAAUCUGACAGAUCUCGACAUGGAUGGCAAUCCAGUAACAACAGUAGACGAAAGUGCUUUCGAUGUAUUUUUCCACAGUUCGUUUCAGCAAAUUCCCAAACGCAUUUGGGCAUCUAAAUGUCCUUACUGA